AUGCCACGUGACCGAGUGACGUCAGGGAAGGUCCUUUUCGUGUCCUGGAGUUUUGCUGCUACCGAUGGAGAUUGCAGGGCUCCUGAGGAUCCUCGUGUUGGCAGGCCUGCAGUGCCAGCUAUAGUACAAGCUCGAACUCAUAAAAUACACGGGGAUUUAAAUUCCGACAUCACGUUGUCUUUGGCACCUUUGGGUAUCGAGAGGAAAAUAAAGUUUACAUCCACAAAAAAAGACUUGCUGAUUGCGAAGACUGAAAAUGGCAAAGUGACUUACAUAUUGAACAACAAAUACGAGCUUCGUGAUAAUGGGACCAAACUGGUCAUAGAAAAUGUGACUGAAGAUGAUGCUGGAAUAUACACAGAUGACAUUACUUUAAAUGAAGAUGGUGAAGUGAAAACUAAGACCUUUAACGUCACCAUUCGUGGUGGUGACCAAGAUGAUAAGUCUUCAUUUUCAACUUCAUCUCCUUCGGUUCCAAAUACACAAUGGACAUAUGGAUGGAUAAUCAAAAUAGUCUCCUUCAUAUCAGUGUUGAUAUUAUCUGUGGUGGUGUUGUGGAAGUGUUGGAAGAGGUCAUCAGACUCAAGUGGACAAGGUGACCCGAAUAAUGAAGACUAUGUGAAUGUUCCCAUUCAAGAAACAGCAACUCAACAGUCUCCAUUUAUCGAAAUCCAUCACUGAAAGUCUGAGGAUCCAAGGUCAAAGAUGAACCAAGCUGUGACAACAACUCCGUAUAUUGAAGUAGAAUCAACUGGAACAGAGAAGAUCAUCGUGUCUUCCUCUAUUUAUGAGGCUUUUUAGGCUAUGGAUAAUGUUUUUGCUGACUAGGCCACAGAUUGGACCAUUAAACAGUGACGUUUGUGAUGGAGAGCACUAAGACUUUCCACGAGGAACAUAUUUUUCAAGAUUUAUACAAUGAAUGUUUUUUAGU